AUGAAGCCAUUAGUAGGCCAAGGACUCGCAACAUUCUGCACCCUCAUCUCCUUCAUCGGAAUCCUCUUCCUCCUAAUCCUCGCCGCCUGUUUCGCCGUCAACCUCGAAUCAAUCAUGGGAUCCACCAACGAUCCCGAAGAUGGGAAAGCUGUUGCGUGGAUGUGUGUUCAGGCCGCCGGGGUGUAUGCGGUGUUUUUGGCAUUUUGUGGAGGGCAGGUGCUGUGGCAUCGGAAGAGGGGGCAGGUUAGGAUUUGA